AUGUACACAACAAAAACUAUGUUCUCAGUAUGUAUAAAGACUCGCUGCUUUUUGAAGAAUUGCACAACUUUUAAAAGUAAAGUUCAGAUUAUUAGCGAAAAUAAAACAUACUCUACGGUACAAUAUGUACAAGGACAAUCACCAGAGAAGAAAAUAAGAGAAUAUUUCUAUUAUAUAGAUCACCAAGGAAUGCUUUUUUUGGAUGAUAGCAAAAUGAAAAAUUUCACAUCAGCUUAUAAAGAAAUAGAUUUUUUGGUUUUUUUUUUCAAACGGUUAAAAUUAAACACAACUGAUCGAUAUAAAGAACACUUCCCAUGGAUAUCAUUAUGUGGUAGAGAACGGAAUUUUGUUAGAUGUGAUGACCAUCCAAUUGUGUUCAAUCAGGUAAUCAAAGGUAAUGAUGGCAAUCUGUUAUUUUGUCAUAACCAUGCUGGUCCAAAGUUGACAGUUUUAUUUCAACCCGAUAAGCUUUGGAUGGAUGUUGAAAAUGGUAGAGUGUACCAUCCAGCCUCUGAGCAACACGGCUCAAUAGGACUUGUAUCAUCUAGAACUGCUAUAGAAUUUAGUAAAAUGUUUAUAUACAAUGAUACGAACAAUUAUGUGCCUACACAUUUUUUGUGGAAUGAUAAAAAGUAUAUUCUAGACCCUGAUUGGUUCAAGGACUUGAUCCGCAAUUGA